GGUACGACUUGUGUCCGACAUCCAGCUCCUCUCUCGUCACAGCGAUCGGUCGCCUUUCGCAGACAACGCAGCGCUGCGUGGAAGCACCGGGGACGUGUCUCCUUCCGGACGUGUCCCCCCUCCGGACGUGUCUCCUUCCGGACGUGUCCCCCCUCUGGACGCCAUGGAGCGGCUGUAGUUCUGCUCGGCGGAAACGGGCUCAGACUCUUGCAGCAUCUUCUCGAGAUCCUUGUGGAAGUUAACCUCCGGCCACCAUGGCACCCAAAGACAUCAUGACCAACUCCCACGCCAAAUCCAUCCUCAAUGCGAUGAAUGCACUUCGCAAGAGCAACACCCUCUGUGACAUCACGUUGAGGGUGGAAAACACGGACUUCCCGGCUCACCGUAUUGUCUUGGCCGCCUGCAGCGACUAUUUUUGUGCCAUGUUCACCAGCGAGCUCGCAGAGAAGGGGAAGUCUUUUGUCGACAUUCAGGGGCUCACCGCAUCAACCAUGGAGAUCCUCCUGGACUUCGUGUACACUGAGACGGUGCUUGUUACGGUGGAGAAUGUACAAGAACUGCUUCCUGCAGCGUGCUUACUGCAGCUCAAAGGAGUGAAAAGGGCGUGUUGUGACUUUUUGGACAGUCAGCUCGAUCCCUCCAACUGCCUGGGUAUUCGGGACUUUGCCGAGACCCACAAUUGCCUGGACCUGAUGCAGGCAGCUGAGCUUUUUUCCCAGAAGCACUUCCCUGAGGUGGUCCAGCACGAGGAGUUCAUGCUGCUCAGCCAGUCCGAAGUUGAAAAGCUCAUCAAAUGUGAUGAGAUCCAGGUGGACUCGGAGGAGCCCGUGUUCGAGGCGGUGUUGAACUGGGUCAAACACAACCGGAAGGAGAGAGAGCCCUACCUCCCAGACAUGCUGGAGUUUGUUCGAAUGCCUCUGCUGACCCCCCGCUACAUCACGGACGUCAUCGACUCUGAGCCACUCAUCCGGUGCAGCCUCCCGUGCCGAGACCUGGUGGACGAGGCCAAGAAAUUCCACCUGAGACCCGAGCUGAGGAGUGAAAUGCAGGGUCCACGCACACAAGCCAGAUUAGGUGCCAAAGAAGUCCUUCUGGUGAUCGGCGGGUUUGGCAGUCAACAGUCGCCAAUAGACAUAGUGGAGAAGUACGAUCCUAAAACUCAGGAGUGGAGCUUCCUACCUAACAUCGCCAGGAAGAGGCGCUACGUGGCCACCGUGUCGCUGCACGACCGCGUGUACGUGAUCGGGGGUUACGAUGGGCGGUCGAGGCUCAGCUCGGUGGAAUGCCUGGACUACACGGCCGACGAGGACGGCGUUUGGUACACCGUCGCCACCAUGAAUGUGCGCCGCGGCCUCGCUGGGGCCACAACACUCGGAGACAUGAUCUAUGUCGCUGGCGGUUUCGACGGCAGCCGACGCCACACCAGCAUGGAGCGAUACGACCCCAACAUCGACCAGUGGAGCAUGCUGGGAGACAUGCAGACGGCGAGAGAGGGCGCCGGCCUGGUGGUGGCAAGCGGACUCAUCUACUGCCUAGGUGGGUACGACGGAUUAAACAUACUGAACUCCGUGGAGCGCUACGACCCGCACACGGGGCACUGGACCAGCGUCACGCCCAUGGCCACCAAACGCUCAGGGGCUGGUGUAGCUUUGCUCAAUGACCACAUCUACGUGGUCGGAGGCUUUGAUGGAACCUCCCACCUGGACUCGGUGGAGGUCUACAACAUCCGGACAGACUACUGGACCACCGUCGCCAGCAUGACUACGCCCCGGUGUUACGGGCGCAACGUCCUGCGGGGGCGUCUUUACGCCAUCGCCGGGUAA